GCGAUGCGGCAGGAGGUGGAGUAGCUGCUGCUUGGGCGCCCUCCGCGAUCCGCAGCCAUGAAGUACAAGAAUCUGAUGGCAAGAGCCCUGUACGACAACGUCCCCGAGUGCGCGGAAGAGCUGGCCUUCCGCAAAGGAGACAUCCUGACAGUGAUAGAGCAGAACACGGAAGGUCUGGAAGGGUGGUGGCUCUGCUCCUUGCACGGCCGGCAAGGCAUCGUGCCGGGCAACCGCGUCAAGCUCCUCAUUGGUCCCGUGGUGCAGGACAGCCCUCCUGGCCAGGAUAUAUCCAAUUCAGCACUCAUGCCUCAGUCCUUCAGCCAGCAAAAGAUCUACCAAGUGCCAAGCUCACAUGCCUCAGCACGGGACCCUGUCUACCAAGUGCCACCUUCCCAUGCCAAUCAGGGAAUUUACCAAAUACCCACUGGUCAGGGUCUGGUGGGACAAGAUGUCUACCAGGUGCCACCCUCCAUGCAGCGACCUGCUGACGGCCCAGGUCUGACCAACAAGGUAAUAAUUCCAGUCAGGUCAGGACAAGGUUAUGUUUACGAAUUCCCUUCCAAUUACCAGAAGGAUACCUACGAUAUCCCCCCUGUUCGCCCGCUCCAAGGGAUAUAUGACAUUCCCCCCACAUCGGUUAAGGGGCCUGCAAUUCCAGUUCCCACAGGAGAAGCAAAAACUUUAGGAAUCUAUGACAUACCACCUACCAAAGGGGUCUAUGCUGCACCUCCGUCUGCACACCGAGAGGAUACAGGCCUGAGGGAAAACUGGCAGGACUUGUCACCUCCAGCAGCACACAGUGCAAGGCCAGAAGGAGUGUAUGAUAUUCCUCCUCCCAUCGCUAAAGCAACGGGGAAGGAACUUCACAGAUUUCCUCCCGAGAGCCAGGUGUUGCCGGACGGAGCGCCACAGAAGCAGUGUGUGUAUGACAUCCCUCUCAACCAUCAAAACCACUUUCUUGGGCAGCAACUUGCGCCUCAGAAAGAUGUUUACGAUACCCCAAGGGGAGUUUCGUUCCCAGGACAGCAGAUGGGACUCGGUGAAAGUCUCAUCUCAGAAGGGAGAGAAGGUGUGUAUGAUGUGCCACCACCGGUCCUGCAAGACACUAAAGGCUUGCACGACGUGACCGAUGGGAUAAAUAGGUUGUCCUUCUCCAGCACGGGAAGCACAAGGAGUAACAUGUCCACAUCUUCAACGGCAUCGAAAGACUCUUCCUCAGCAUCAACUGCACAAGACAAAAGACUAAUCCUUGAUCCGGACACUGCUAUAGAGAGACUUUAUCACCUCCAGCAGAUGGUGGAGGCAGCUGUCAGUAACCUCAUGGCCUUCAUUACAGCAGACUGGCGGUCGUACGGCUACAUGGAGAAGCACAUCAAUGGCAUUCACACGGCUGUGGAUAAAGUAGAGCAGUCGCUGCUGGAGUACCUCCAGUUUGCCAAAGGAGCAGCAGCCAACGCUUCCUGCCUGCCUGAGUUCAGCCUCCUGAACAAAAUGAGGAGAGAGGUGCAAAGGCUGGAGGACUCUCACCAGAUUCUUACCCAAACCAGCCAUGACUUGAACAGCUGCAGCUGGUCUUUGAACGUUCUGGCUGUCAACAGAGUGCAGAACAAAUGUGAUGACCUGGAUCGGUUUGUAAUGGUGGCAAGGACAGUCCCAGAUGACGCCAAGCAACUAACCACCACCAUCAGCAUCAACGCAGAGGUGCUCUUCAAACAGGUGUCGAGCACCUUGCGUUUCAAAACCAUACCAGAGAACAUCAUUGACACUCCUGACUAUGUCUACGACAAUCCUCACAUGCAGCAUCAUGGAGAGAAAGCACAAAACCACUGCAGUCCCCUUCCUCCCCUUCUGAGCAAAGGUCAGCCCCCCCACAGUGCCUCCAGCAGCAGCUCAGAGAAGAGCUGGAUGGAUGACUACGACUACGUUCACCUGCAGGGGAAAGAAGAGUUUGAAAGGCAACAGAAGGAGCUGCUGGAAAAGGAAAACAUCAUCAAACAGAGCAAAAUGGAGCUGGAGCACCAUCAGAUCAAUCAGUUUCAACGUCUGGAGCAAGAAAUCACGAAGCCAGUAGAGAACGACAUCUCCAAGUGGAAGCCAGCUCAGGCUCUCCAGACUGCCAGCAGCACUGCCGCCUCCCGUGACUGCCAGCUGCUGCUCUUCUACUCCGACCAAUGCGAGACUCACUUCAACUCCCUCCUGAACGCCAUCGACGCCUUCUUCGGUUGCGUCAACGCGGCGCAGCCCCCCCGGAUCUUCGUGGCUCACAGCAAGUUCGUCAUUCUGAGCGCUCACAAACUGGUGUUCAUUGGAGACAUGCUCAGCAGGCAGGUGACGACGCAGGACAUACGCAACCGAGUGAUGAACUCCAGCAACCAGCUGUGCGAGCUGCUGAAGGGCAUCGUUCUGGCUACCAAGACAGCUGCCUUGCAGUACCCCAGCACUGCAGCCCUACAGAAGAUGGUGGACCGAGUAACGGAGCUGUCUCAUCACGCACAGCUCUUCAAACUCUCUCUGGUCCAACUGGCCUCCUUAUGAAAGCCAGCCCACAAGCAGCCAAACAGAGAAGCAAACAAACUGGAGCUGUUUUUUAUGCGGAUGUUAUCUUCUGGGGGUUGUUGUUUGGUUGGGUUUUUUUAGAUUUUACUUUUUUUAUGUUAAAUGAACUAUUUUAAAUACCAUGCUAGAGACUCUCAUGAAAUCAGGGAUCUGGGAAUAUAUCUGGCUCAUUUAGAUUUGUAUACACUGCCUAUGUAUGUAUAUGUUGCUACCUUCCCUACACCGUCAAUUAAGCACCUUAAAAAUGAUGCGUUGGGUGAGCAGCGCCUGCCUUUUGUACAUAGUGCCUCUUUCCUCAGUCUAUUUGUUAACUGGAUGCUGCACUCUUCUUGUUCCAUUCCAUCUCCAUUUUGGCACAUGGGCUUGGGUGUGAAACCUGCUUGUAGCAAUCUGUAAAUGGUUCUCAUAGAACUCCAUUCUCUUCUAAGAUAUUACUUUCUCUAGGUUAAUUUCAUGGCAUUUAACCCUCCUCUUGGUGUUCCCUUGUUGUACGACAUUCAGCUGUCCUGAUUAGCAGGUCUGCACAAUUGCAACCAGCAAACACAUCAAGUGAGGCACACAGCAUUUAGGGGAGAAGAAUUUUUAGGCCUUAGAAGAAACAGAAUCUUCUGAAGGAAUAAUCACAAAAUCACAGAAUUCACCAGGUUGGAAAAGACCUUCAAGAUCAUCACAUCUAACCUAUCACCUAACACUUUCUAAUUAACUAAACCAUGGCACUAAGUGCCUCAUCCAAUCUCCUUUUAAACACCUCCAAUGACUGUGACUCCACCACCUCCCUAGGCAGCUCAUUCCAAUGCCGAUCACUCUUUCAGUGAAGAGCUUCUUCCUAAUGUCCAGCCUAAACCUCCCCUAGCACAGCUUGAGACUGAGUCCUCUUGUUCUACCACUGGUUGCCUGGCAGAAGAGACCAGCCCCGCCUCGCUACAACCUCCUUGCAGGUAGUUGUAGAGAGCAGUGAGGUCUCCCCUGAGCCUCCUCUUCUCCAGGCUAAACAUCCCCAGCUCCCUCAGCCUCUUCUCACAGCGCUGUGCUCCAGCCCCCUCACCAGUCUUGUUGCCCUUCUCUGGACACAUUCAAGCACCUCAACAUCCUUCUUAAACUGCAGGGCCCAGGACUGGACACAGCUCUCAAAGUGUGACCUAACCAGUGCUGAGUACAGGGACAAAGGGACUUCUCUGGUCCUGCCAGUCACACUAUUCCCAAUACAGGCCAAGAUGCUGUUGAACUUGGUCCUGCAUAUUUAGUAUCCUACAGUGUUCAGAUUUCACUGUUCCUAAUAACUGCAACUUGGAAUUUCAGAACGUGUAAAUGUGGAUGUUUACACUGAAUGUCUUUGCAUUGGUAAUUAAAUAUAAGAGUUAGGCCCAAAGCCCUUAUUGCUCCUGGACUCAGAGUUAUCCUGGGAGCAUUCUGUGAUCUGUUGGGUUCAUCCUUGGAGCUGCAGAGGGGCAGUGUCUCAAAGUGACCCUUCCAGAAGGACUAACAUGCAAAUUGUAAGUUGUAAUAUGGGAAAACUUCCCAUGUGAGUGUGACAGAUCACUAGACCAGGCUGCCUGUCCAGAGGUUGUGGAGUCUUCUUCUCUGGAGAGAUUCCAAACCCACCUGGGCAGCAUGUUCUAGGUCAGCUUGCUUUAGCAGGGAGGUUGGACUAGAUGAUCUCCAGGUGUCCCUUCCAACCCCCACCAUUCUGUGAUUUUUAUGGAAAGAAAACAGCUCAAUUUGAUAGAACAAAUACUUAGACAUCUCUGUGGCACAGCCAGUAGGAUGUAAAAACAGCACUUAGUUUUGCCAGGACAUAUUCUUGAGGAGUCAUUGCAUUUGUUGCAAUUCUGACUUCAAUUAUUGGGCUUUUUUUCCCCCCUCCAUAUUCCAUUGCAUAGGUGCUGAUCUUUCUGCACUACACUGCUGUCAAAAAAAGACCUCCUGUUUUAACGAGGCCAUUCCAGCAACAAGUAUACACAAACCCACCCAGCAGUUUUCAGUUUAGACCUUCAAAAAUUGUUAGAAGAGAGGUAAGACUCCUUUAGAAACUUCAAGUAUGCUGGUUGCACCAGAGCUCCUAUCAGUUUGUUUGUUGCCUUUGGUGAGUGCUCUAAAAAAUCAGUCUCAGAAGGCCAUUUUCCUGUGGACCUCAGACUAAAAGCCAUGCUUCUAAGUGAGCAGCAGCUCAGGUAGAUUCCAGGUGAUUCUGGAGUUUUGAAGCAGAAACACUACUGUCCUGGCAGAAAUAAAGGUGUUCGCACGUUCACCUGUCCUUAGCAUGGGUAUCAGCAAGUGGAUGAUGGGUAAAGAGGCAGUUGUGAGCUCAGCAGCUCCUAGAAAACAGACCCUUCUCCCCAGCUUUUCUCUUUCCCUGUUUAGAUCCAAACAUGUGCCUUAUUGAAGUAGGAUUUGUUGUCUGGGAUAACAAAAUCACUUCAGCAGUGUAUGAAAUCUUGCAGCCUUAAUGUCUUCUCAACUCUCCAGUGCCAAAAUGUCACUUCCAGGGCCUGCAGAACAUUUCUGGAAGGGCAGCAGGAGCCGGCACAACCUCAGCUGCCCCAGAAUGGGCACAAACUACAACACAGGACGUUCCACCUGACCACAAGGAAAAAAGCUGCUUUCCUUUGAGGGUGCCAGAGCACUGGGGCAGGCUAGCCAGAGAGGCUGUGGAAUCUCUCUCUCUGGACAGAUUCAAAGCCUGCCUGGAUGUGAUCCUUGGCAGCCCACUUCUGGAUGACCCUGCUUUAGCAGGGGGCUGGAUUAGAUGAUCCCCAGAAGUCUCUUCCAACCCCUCCUGUUCUGUGAGUCGGUGAGAAUUUGCUCCAGCACAAUACCCAGACAGGGCAGGUUUUGCCAUUGUAACCAAUAGCCAAAACUCAAUCUCUGUGAACCUGUUUUGUACUUGUGUUGCUUGGGAUUCUUUUGGAUUUCCUUGCCUGGGUUGGUUGGCUGUUUCUUUCACUGUAUAUUCUUGGAAAGUGAAAGCGUUCUGAAGCUUAGUGGUUAAUGUUGGUAGUUUGUGCUUUCAAAAGGAGAACCUUUACUUACUGCAAGCCUGCAUUACAGUUUGUUAUCUUGUAGAAAGUCGUUUUUUUAAUGAUUAAAUGAGCAGCUUUUUUUAUAUAUAUAUAAAACAAAAAUGGCAAAA